UUCUGCGAGGAUUUAAAAAGUUUCAAAAACUCCAUUCGGAUUAUCGGAUUUUUUCCUCAGUGCCGUUGAGCAAGCAGGGAUCAAACCAGCAUGUAGCACCCACCUGCUCGGCCUCCUCUUCCUCAUCCUGUCCAGAAAUCGUUGGGAAUGGGCCAGCGCCUUGCUAUGGCGCAUCUCUCCACCCGGUGGUGCGUCUGGCGCCGUGCAAGAGCGAGGAGGGGAGCGGUGAGGUCAUAAGGCCUGCUGCUCUCUCUCUGUCUCUCUGUCUCUCACCUCUUGUUGCAACAUUUGACCUUUAACUCUGCUGUGACCCCACUGUGACCUCCCGUCAGCCAUGCCCUUCCGGCUGAGGUUGCGGCGCACACGGCGCUACAAUGUCCUGAGCAAGAACUAUUUUGUGACAAAGAUCCGGCUGCUGGACAACACUGUGAUUGACUGCACGCUUUCUGUGGAGAGUACGGGACAGGAAUGUCUGGAGGCGGUGGCCCAGAGGCUGGAGCUCCGGGAGACUCAUUACUUCGGGUUGUGGUUCCAAGGGAAGACCCAGACCCCGGCCCAGCGCUGGGUGGAGCUGGAGAAACCUCUGAAGAAGCAGCUGGACAAGUUCGGCAAUGAACCGCUGCUCUUCUUUGGAGUCAUGUUCUAUGUGCCAAAUGUUUCCCGUCUUGAGCAAGAAGUCACCAGGUAUCAGUAUUACCUGCAGAUGAAAAAGGAAGUGUUGGACGGACGUCUCCAUUGCACAGUGGAACAGGGGAUCCGACUCGCUGGCCUGGCAGUACAAGCUGAUUUUGGAGACUUCACCCAGUUCAUGUCUCAUGACUUCCUUCGGGAGUACGUACUCUUCCCCGUGAACUGGCCUCACGGAGACGAGGUGCUGGAGGAGUGGACUCAGAAAGUGGCCGAGGAGCACAAGAGCCACUGCCGAAUGCCGACCGCCGAAGCAGAGCUGCUGUACAUCAGAGACGUCGAGAAACUGGACGGAUUUGGCCACGAGAGUUUUCCUGCUAAGGAUAACUACACAAACGACAUUUUUAUUGGUGUGUCCUUCAUCGGAGUGUUUGUUAAACACAGGAAUGGGAGGUCCAUCAUGCUUCACCGAUGGAAGGACAUCGGUACCAUCGCACACAAUAAGUCGGCCAUCACGGUGGAGAUAACGAGUAAAGACGACACCAUCGCCUUUCACAUGGAGGACAUGGAAAUGGCAAAGUACAUCGCUCGCCUUUUCACGGCCAGACACAAGUUCUACAAACAGAACAAGAUCUGUGCAGAGCCCACUCACUCACCUGCACCAAUCAGGAGGCGACCCACCUGGACCCCCCGGCUCUCUCUGCCACGCCCCCAGUCUUGUAACUUCCAGUCCAUGCAUUCCAAGUACGGAGACCAUUAUCAGGACACGCAGAGCUCUCAAGAUAGCAUCUUUCACGACGACCCCUAUUACAAGUCCGAGACCAGUCUGGACCGCUGCCCGGUGGACUAUGGCUUCCGUAAUGGUACGGUGCCGAACGGCAGCAUAUACAGCAGCCCCAGCCUGAGCUCCCUCAACCAUUCCCAGACCUUCAUCCAGCCUUCGCCCAUCUCCUCCAACCUCAGCAUCCCAGGCAGCGAGCUUAUGCGGCCGGACUACAUCCCCAGUCACCGCCACAGCGCCAUCAUCGCUCCAUCCUACCGGCCCACGCCCGAGUACGACGCCGUCAUGCGCCAGAAGCGGCGCAUACUUCCUGCUCACCACGAGCUCCACAGCCAAUCGCUGCGCAGCCUGAACAUCAGUAAUGCGUACGCGUACCGGCAGCCUGAGUCUCUGGUGAACAGCCAACCAGAGAUGAGGGAGAGAGGCCCGUACCACGGCCUCGGACCCAGUCCUGGACCAUAUGCUCCACACGUAGAGAUCACUUACAGUAAGCCGGUGUCUCUCGGCCCCCACCAGGGAGGUCCUGUCAGCGGUCAGACCACAUGUCAGUCAUCCUGCGUUAAUGGAGGCGGCGACGGUGGGGGAGCUGUAGGAAGCUCCAUCUCUCACACUGUCAGCACGCCUGAGCUGGCAAAUACCAAACAGCAGGGGGUGAACACGGGGAGUUAUGCAACCACUGCAAACAUGCUGAGAAACCACAUGUUGCGACCCCCUCCGCCUUACCCUUCCGGCUCCUUCCGCCCAGCCACCAGCACGCCGGAUCUAGCGAGCCACCGGCUGCGCUGCAUCGGGGGCAGCAGCCCGGAGCUCGUCACCCGCAUGGUGCAGCUGUCAGUCAAGACCUUCCAGCCGGACAGCUCGGCCGUGGUGCACCAGUCGCUGCAGGAAGUUAGCGAACCAUUAACGGCAGCUGCUAAGCACCGCUCCACUCUGGGUAAGAGACACAGCAUGGAGGUGAUCAGCAGCAUGCGAGGAGGAGCAGGGGGAGGAGCAGGGAUGGAAGGCGUGAUGAUGAAGGGCAUCAAUGCUCCUCUUCAUCGGAGGAACACUCUGAGAGAGCAGGUGAAGCCACAGCCCCAAACCCCUCAGCCGCAGCCUCCACCUCAGCAGCCCAAGGACUUGUCGAUGCACAUGACUGCUCAGAAAGCAGCCGAGGCUUCUGUGGCACCACCUGCUCCUGUGGCCUACCAGCAUCAAAAGACUCUCUCCAAUGCUACCAUGCUGAUCCACAGCAGUGAGAGUGAGGAGGAGGAGGAGGAAGAGGAGAGGCCUGAGCUGGACGUCCAAAUUCCGGGUCUCAAUGAGGACAUCAGCGCUCAGCUUCAGGCCGCUUUGGCCAAGCUGCCCAAUAAACCUCCUCCAGAGUACCCCGGACCCCCGAGACCAUCUGGCAGUGCUCCGAUACAUACUCACGCCCACAAUCACAACCACACCCAGCACCACGCCCACAACCAAGCACCACAAAGCAACUCGGGACCACUGGACCCAAACCAAGCCCAGCACAGAGUGCCACAACUUGAGCAGGAUCAGAGUGGGACUGGGAAUGGAGGUGCUGGUGCAGGUGGGACGUUGACUCGAGGAGAUCAGGGUGGGGUGAACGGUGUGGUUUUAAGCCCCUCCAUUUCAGAGCCGGACCUGUCCAGUGUGAAGGAGCGGGUGAGGAAGGAACCCGUCAAAGAGAGGCCCGUGUCAGAGAUGUUCUCCUUAGAGGACAGCAUAGUGGAGCGGGAAAUCGCUCAGAGGACGCUGGAAAGACAAAAGAUGUCCGUCGACUCCAUGAAGAGGCCGCUGAUGAUGGCCGCGCUCAAUGGCCUCUACGUGGCCCGGAUGCCUGUCCCAGAGAGUCCUGCAGAGGACGGCGCCAAGGCUUCCACCGAUGAACGGUGUAAACUGUUGGAGUCGAAGCUGGAAGAGGAGCCGGUCUUUACGGAAUACGAGCAGGUACCCAAGAAACGGAGCAACUGCGUUCUCACCACGGCGAUGCUGCCUGAAAACACCGAGCGCAACCGCUUCCGUGACGUUGUUCCGUAUGAGGAGAACCGCGUUGAGCUUGUGCCCAACAAGGAGAACAACACAGGCUACAUCAACGCUUCACACAUCAAGGUGAUGAUUAGAGGGGAGGAGUGGCACUAUAUCGCCACCCAGGGGCCACUCGCCAACACCUGUGCUGACUUCUGGCAGAUGGUGUGGGAGCAGGGAGUCAACGUCAUCGCCAUGGUUACUGCUGAGGAGGAGGGUGGCAGAUCCAAGAGUCAUCGCUUGCCCAAGCUGGGCUCCAAACACAACUCAGCCACUCACGGCAAGUUCAAAGUCACCACCAAAUUCCGUACCGACUCUGGGUACUACGCCACUACAGGGUUAAAGGUCAAACACCUGCUGUCUGGCCAGGAGAGGACGGUGUGGCACCUGCAGUACACCGACUGGCCUGAACAGGGCUGUCCUGAGUACGUCCAAGGAUUCCUUGCCUAUCUGGAGGAGAUCCAGUCUGUGAGGAGACACACUAACUCCAUGCUGGACACCUCAAAGAGCCUGAAUCCUCCCGUGGUGGUGCACUGUAGUGCCGGCGUGGGUCGCACUGGAGUGGUGAUCCUCACAGAGCUCAUGAUCAGCUGUCUGGAGCACAAUGAGCCGGUGGAUGUUCCCACCAUGCUGUCUGAGUUGAGGCAGCAGAGGAUGCUGAUGGUGCAGACCAUCUCUCAGUACAAGUUCGUCUACCAGGUCCUCAUUCAGUUCCACAAGAACUCCCGCCUCAUCUGAGCCAAAGACCUUUGACCUUAGCUGACGCAGGAGCUUGGAAGCAGGUGGUUGGAAAUUGGACUUUGAAGUUUUUAGGAGGACUUGAGACCAGAACAAACAGUUUGUGUACGCAGGAACUUUUGGAAACAGGUAUGAGAGAUUAUCUUGACAAAAGUGACAGAUUUGUGUUGACAGCCACAUCAAAGGAGGAAAGAUUUUUUUUUUUUGUAUAAAAAAGAACCAUUUCAGUUAAUUGAUGUGCUCAGAUCCCCUCGUGGUUCUGAGUCGAGGAACCGCUCCGUCUGUUCGGACGUUCUUCCUGUCGCUGUUGAACGGCAGCUCUUUGCUUUUAGGUGGGAAUGCGUUUGUCGGUUUUAGUUGUCGGCAGCAUUUCUUCAUUUCUCAGUUUCAGUCAGAAAUGACAUUAUGCUGCACGACCAGCAGGUGGCAGCAGUAUUGUUCUAUUUCACUAACUCUGAAAGAGUUUGCGUUUUUUUUUCUAAAAUGUUUCUUUAUGCUAACAGAGUAUUGAUUAUUCCAUCAAAUAUUUACUUUAACAUUUUAACAAAUGUUUAUUUUUAUUUAUUUCUUUUCACAUUGUUGUCACCUUUUUUUAAAACUGCUGCCAAACACGUUGUUCUUCUCCGGAAUAAUGUUUUCCCCCCGGUUUCGACUGAAUUUUUGAAACUUUUUUCCCCUUAAUUUUCUUUAUCAGAUUACCUGAGAAUAUUUUUUAUAACAAUUACUUGGUUUUUGAAUCUUAGAGCUCAAACAUUUCUUAAUUAACAAUAAAUAAAUUGAAGACAAGAAGUUAAUAUUUUAAUUAAUUGUUUUCCAGACUCAGAUUAAACGGUAAUGUAUGUGUUUGGGCGCUACUGUACCGUAUCAUUGUGCCUUAUUGAAACACGGAACACUUGGUAAAUAUCUCAAACUGCGGUGAAAUUCUGGACGUCCUACGUGUUCACUUUUUACCUCCAGAGUCUCUAGAAUGGAACGAAAGGGGUGACUAAUUCUGAUACUCUGACCCGCAUCCAAAAACCCAUCAGACUGCAGUCCCGCCUUAUUCCUCAGUCAUGUUUAGAAAAUUGUCCGAUUUUUUAUAUUUCCUUUUUAAAAGUUUUUUUUUUUUUAAUCGCACAAAGCCAGCCAUGUUCAAAGUAACUGUACAUAUUGGAGAGGUGAGAACAGAUUACUACAAAUACUAUAUGGUUUGUUUUUUGUUUUGACUUGGUACCUGAAAAAUACACAUCAUCAUAAACUA